CCACACAAAAGAGCCCGGACUAAUUUGGAAAUAGUCGCGACGGCUCUUGAGAGUAACUCGCGCCACUCAGUGGUUAAUGUUUCUCUUUCACGCGUGUGCGUGUAUCAAGCCAGUUUCCCCGGUGUUUUUUGUUACUUCAUUUAAUAUUUUCAAAUUAGUAUAAAUUAUUAUUCUUCUCGUAAAGAGAUAAAAGUAAAAACGCGAGGAUAAAGUAACGAGUGGCGUCCCUCGUUGUUCGGGGGAUCGUGCAGUAAAGGCUUAAAACUAAGUAAAUAGUGUGUUACGUUCUUGUGAAAUUAGCAAUGCCGAGAUUUCAGAAGAUUGAAAUAAACAGAACGGAAUGGGAGGUACCUGAUCGUUAUCAGAUGCUAACGCCAGUUGGCUCGGGUGCUUACGGUCAAGUUUGUUCUGCUCAGGAUACUGUUACCAGUCAAAAAGUGGCAAUAAAAAAACUGGCCAGACCUUUUCAAUCAGACGUUCACGCUAAGAGAACAUACAGAGAGCUGAGAAUGCUAAAGCACAUGAAUCAUGAGAAUGUAAUUGGUCUACUAGAUGUGUUUCACCCGUCGUCAUCCUUGGAAGAUUUCCAACAUGUCUAUCUUGUCACGCAUCUAAUGGGUGCUGAUCUCAAUAAUAUUGUGAGGACGCAAAAACUCUCUGAUGAUCAUGUACAAUUUUUGGUUUACCAAAUUCUAAGAGGACUCAAAUAUAUUCACUCUGCAGGAAUAAUUCACAGGGACCUUAAACCAUCCAAUAUAGCUGUUAACGAAGACUGUGAAUUGAAAAUUUUGGAUUUUGGUUUGGCAAGACCAACAGAAAAUGAAAUGACAGGAUAUGUUGCCACAAGGUGGUACAGAGCACCGGAAAUAAUGCUGAAUUGGAUGCACUACAGUCAAACAGUCGAUAUUUGGUCCGUUGGCUGCAUUAUGGCUGAAUUGCUGACCGGAAGAACAUUGUUCCCUGGCACCGAUCACAUUGACCACCUAACACGAGUUCUAGUGCUUUGUGGUACGCCCACAGAAGAGACUUUAAGCAAAAUUACCAGCCAAGAGGCGAGGAAUUACAUUCAAAGUUUACCACCUCUGAAGAAGAAGAACUUCAAAGAUGUUUUCCGUGGGGCUAAUCCACUCGCUAUCAAUUUACUGGAGAUGAUGUUGGAGCUGGAUUCAGAAAAACGUAUAACAGCUGAACAAGCAUUGGCUCAUCCUUAUCUGGCCCAAUACGCAGAUCCCACAGACGAGCCGGUCUCGUUACCCUACGAUCAAAGUUUCGAAGACAUGGAUCUGCCGGUGGAGAAAUGGAAAGAGCUUAUUUAUCACGAGGUCGUUAAUUUCGUUCCUCAGCAAAUACCCUCGAUGUCAUCGACCGAGGACACGAAUUCUUAACGUGCAUAAAAAUCAUUUUUCGUUUUUCUCUAUCGAGAUGGAAAUAUAAGCGCGGCCGUAAAAUAAUGUUUAUACGAUUGAGAGGAAACGAAGAUGAUGAUUUUUUUUAAAAUAAUAUAUAUAAAUAUAUUAAUACCCUAGGCAGUUUCGUAUCACCGUACAAAAAUGAAGAAGGGUGUGCUGCACCGAGUGAAGUUAUCGAGUUUUUUUUUUCGAAGCGUAAAAUCGUGAAUGAUCAAAUGAAUGUUUAUAAAGUCAAAUUGUUUUAAAAAAAUUUCUCGAAUUCAUAGAUUCAUUCCUGUGCUAAUUUCCAGAUCAGUUGAAUAAUAACAUAACAUUUGCUGCUUGAUAUAAAAAGUGAAGAUUCUUACCGUAGAAAUAUUUUGCUACGGUCGUGAUAUUGAAUUGAAUAUUUUUUACACAAAUUUUCCAGAUCAUCGAGAUUCACAAUUUAUUUUUCCCAUUAUUUUCAAGUGAAUCUGCCCCAAGAAGAUUCAGAACUGUACAUAUUCGAUAGACGUAGGAUAGACAAAUUUAUUCGAGCUUAUAUAUGAAUUAUAACUCUAUUUUUCGUUUAUCAUUGUUUUUUGGAAAUAUAUAGUGUAUAUUUUUUAAUACAAGUAAAAGAGCGAGAGAAAAGGGAAAGAGAGAGAGAGAAGAGAAAUGUGAUCGUUGGCACGAUUCUACGUAAGAUUGUUAAAUCUUUUGACGCAUGUUUCUUUUUUGUUCGUUUAAUGUAUUUUCAUACAUAAAUGAAAAAUGAUUUUUAUCGUUGCCGAAAUUGUGUACCAUGUACACUCAUUUACAUAGAUGGCUCAUUAAAACCUUCUGCUCUAGUCGACGUGAAUUGUCCCAACCACCCCCGGCCUUCUGCCCUCACUACUCACCCUAUCAAAACAUGUAUUCUGUUCGAAUGUGUUUUAUUCGAAAGAAUUUUUUCCCGUUCCAAUAAUUGUAUUGCAGAAAUCCAAUCGUUCAUCGAUAUGAAAUUCAAAAGCGACAUUUUACAAAAACACGCACAACAAAAUAUAUCACAGAAUUGAUAAUUCGGUACUAGAUAAUUCAACAAAAAUCAGCUGCUCAUUAUAAAAAACCUCGUUACGUUAUUAUUGGAUCUGAUAUUCAUGAAAAACUAGAUAAUUUUCCAAAAUUCAGGAGAUUAUUUUGUUAGUUGUCACUGCAAAAAAAAAAAUAUAUCCGUAGUCAUUUAACAAAACAAGGAAAACCUGUCGCAACGGACUGAUGAGUACCGUACAAAAAUAUGUAACAAUAUUGUUGAUAGCUAACCAAUAUUUUCGAGACCUGGUUGUUCGGCCUAUCGGUUUUCUUACCCAAUUUCAAGGGCUAGUUAUUUCCUGCUGGUUUACAGGAAAAAACUAGUUUCGGUGCCCAUAUCUUUCAGGUCUCAACAAAGUAGAUUCGCCCUUGAUAAGCUGGUUUGAGCAGAUCAAUGUUAACCCUUCUUACGAUGAAUUAGUUCUAUCUGAGAAUCAGAUUGGAAUGGUUGAGCAACACUAGUCAUUCCAGGCAAAACUAGUUUGAUUUCAUCGAUACUGAAAAUUACUUCUUGACGAAAUGGACAAUUUCGAACGAAUUUAUUUUCCCGGGGCAAAAAGAUUUCAUUGCAAGGGCGAAAAGUUUCUUGAACCAAAACUAGUCGAUCUUGAUUGCAACCUUGAAUUCGAUCAAAAGUUAUUCCGACUAGUUUGGUAUAGAAGAGCUAGACUGCUCAAAAGGGCCUGAAAGAAUUUAGGAUCAAGAUUAUCCUAAUGAAACCGUGUUUUGACUCCAUAACAUAUAUUCACUGAUUUGUCUAGAACGAAUGUACACAAUUACAUACGUACGUUUAUUUUGAUUAAGUUUAUAAUAAAAAUCACUCGAAUUGUAGCGAUGGUUAUUUUUUUUUUUUCCAAGGCAGAGUUGUAUUCGAAUAAAAUAGUAGAAGUACA